AUGAGAGAAAAGCACAUGUUUCUCGGCACUAAAACAAUGUAUAAGAAACGGUUGAAUGCGUGGAACCUUGUCAAGAACUUGAGCUUGAUUGAUACGCCCGAGAUCCUGCAAGAGACAGAGAAGAGUUCGACAGCCCAAGAAAAUAUGUUCGUCAUUAGGGGGAAGCGAGUCGAUUCACAGAAGGUUGCCCGAUACCUGAAACUAAAGGUUGAACAAAAUAUGACUAGCACUAGCAAAAAAUCGGAAACUCCUGCGUCUCCCAACGUUUCGCACGCGACCUACGGUCUGUCACAGAGCCGGAACUCCAGAGAUAUCAACGACCUUCUUUCGCUGAAGCCUGCCUGGCUGACUUCACCAGAGGCUAUGAGGAUUCCAGAAGAUAUAAUCAGUAUAUCCCACCAAUUUAUCGACAGCUCGAUAGACAGCAGUGCUGAUGGGCUCAGGGUUCUAACUCUACCAUUAAAUGAAACAUUCAUAUGGUCAACGAGAGUCUACUAUGCCAGAUCUCUGGUUCUUCAACGGCAAUCCAAGCACGGAUUCAUGCUUCUUGAUAAGUCCUGCGAGGAACUCAAGGGACUUAUUCUCACCCCGGACCCAGCUAUCCCCAUAUUGAUGCUUCCCGCACGCCAUCCGAUGAGAUUGAUAUGGGCCGAACUAAGCCACAUAGGACCGAGCCAAACAAGGAAUGAUGCGUCGCUAAACCUUUGUUCCUACCUCAGCUUUCUGGAGCGGAAGUUCGGCGCAAAUGAUCAGGCCAUCUUCCUCUUCACAAGUCUUGUCUACGACCGCAUGAACAGCGUGGGGCUACUGAGCUUGGAUGCAUCAGAGAUGAUUUAUAGACGUAUUGCGGGGCAGUUGCAGAGCUCAGGAAACACAAUGGAGACACUGUAUUGCAACCUGGGGCUUGCUCUCGCUUACCGUCGCUGCAAACAGCACAGGAAGGCCGAGACCAUUAUGGACGGACUACGCCUGCAGGCUCGAACAAUGAGAGGAGAGAUAAAGGAAGACAUCGACCAAAACAUCUUGGCUUUGAGCUAG